AGGAUCGGGCAUGUCGGCGUCGCCAGAAAAGGAUCCCGCAUCACAUGAUCUCACCACCACCCGGUUCCAAUCAUAGAAAAACUAUCAUUGGACUGGGGAGAAAGAAUGGGGUGGCUGGACAACUCAAAAGGUUCAUGCGGCUGGAAGAACCAAGGUGGGUCUUUGCCCGUUCCGCACAGCUUUGGACGGCGCCAUCGGGAGUGCGAUAGGCGGAGGUGUUCAGGCACCAGCUCGAGCCCUGGAGGUAAACUAACCAAUUGCUCGCCCCGUGGCUGCCUUUCCCGGCUUCCCAAUCAUAGGCGGGCGGGCUACCGUCAACGCAAACGACGCCUUGGGAUACAACGGCGGGAAGGAGGUGAAGCUCGCAGGAGACAUUGGUGGUUUGUUGGAGGAGGAACAACAGCACAACAGAAACAACUAUGGUUGUCGGGAGUGGUGGAGAAAAAGACGGUUUGUUGGUUGAUUGUGAUACCUUCUCUUGCUCUAGGUCCUUGUAGGAGGUUAGCAAAGAAGUUCCAAAUGUCGAUGCUGAAAUCACAAUGGAGAAGGGGUACCAAGGUUCUUGCUCUCGCAAAUAGUGGUGACAUUCAACAAAUUGAUAAGAUACUCGACGUCAAAAACACGUAUUACAUAAGCAAUGUUGCUGUCAUGCCUAACAAGAGGGAUGAAAGCUUGAAGCUUAUAAACAACUACAUUGAAAUAAAGGCAUAUAAAAAUUCUUUGAUAGCACUUGCUUACCCGCCUGGACGUGCGAAGGUCAAAAUUGGCGACAUUUCUACAUCAAAUUCUCCGGGUAAAGGGGUAUGGGUUUCAGCUGAUAUCAAAAUCCUUGACAAUGAGGGCAGCUACUAUAUUGGAUGUGAUUAUUGCAAUCGGAAAACCACAGCACCAGAAGGAGUUACUUUCACAUGUUUGGAAUGUGGGAAUUUGUCAGCCAGGAGUGAGAAAAGGGUCGAGUUGGCUGUAGUGUUCAUGUAUUCCAGGAUUCUCGCACGCUGGGCAGCAACUCGAGUUACUGUUCACUGGCGAUGCUAAUCCUUGCUUUCACCAUGAAUUUCUUGAUGUUUUGCUGCGAUUCUUUGAGCUCUAGGAUCGCUUGAGGCUUGGGAAUCCAUUCUUGAGCUCAAUUUCAUGAUUCCGCUGCUGGAUUGGGGGAUAAUCGCAGGUCAACUCUCGCGUGCUACUGUUCAUCGGCGGCACUUGCAGGUUGAAUUCACCUCGGUUUAGGCCCUCUUCAAGGCAAAUUUUUGGGGGAUUAUGAGCGACAUGGGAUGCUCUUUCAUGACCAUCAAUUGGAUUUUCAUUCCAUUUGAAGGAACCUGCGAUUUGAGCAAAUUUGGGACUUCGUGGUACUGUUCACAGCGCUGCCUUCAUGUCCAGGCCUCUCCUUGGGUGAGACCGUGGCUUUGGUUAUGUUGAAUCCCCGGGGCUAUAGCUGUUUUGACGUGGGUCUUUUGAGGACGUCUUUGGGUGGAUAAGUGUGUUCUUGGACCAUUCACAUGCUAGGGCUGCCUGAAGGUCCAUUUGCUUGGACCAUUGGUGAGCCAUGAACUGGCCUUCUCUCAUUCAGUUUGGAGUCGAUGAACACCUUGGGAGGGAUACUAAACAUUCUCUCUGCCUCUCGACUGGUUGGGAGGCCAUUGUGAAUCUGCGAUUCCAAUGUUCAACACCAUAGAGGGAAGGGUACGUUGGCACCCCCCCUGGUGUGAUAGUUGAGUUAUGUUGGCAACUCCUUUACCCAUGUGUGUGAUUUGAUACCGGACUGGGUGUUUUUCAAGUGCUUUAUGACUUCGGGCCUGGUCCACUAGAGUUUCUUGAGCCAUCUGCUAUUGCCGUCUCUGUUUCUGAUUCGGUUGAGUUUACUCUAGCACUUUGGCCUUUGAUGAACUCGUGGACAUGGGUCAUGGCAUCUCUUUCGUGAGGGUGAACUUGUUGAUCCUACACGUGUUGAGGACUUGUCGUUGUAGUGGCAACAAUGACGCAAAUGAACCCUUAGGUUUGGUGUCUUGAUGUUUCAUAAGGCCCUCCGAUGGUGCUUCACCUUUGGAGUUUUGACGAGGAAAGAACUUCCUUUUGAUAAUCUUUUGAGGUUGACGAUCCAUGAUGACGAGGACAAGCCUGGUGAUGGUGCUGAUCAUGUCUCUGUGUGAUGUACUUUUCUCUUGUGCUUGUUUCUUUAGUUUUGUUGAUUGGGCGUGCGUGCCUUUGGCGUGUGUGCCAUUCUUUAUUUUUGAUUUAUAGGGGUAUGCCCCGAUGCAUUGUAUGUUUACUUCGUGGAUGUACAUUGUAUUGACUCUCGGAUAUUAAUAAUUUACAUUUUAUCCU